UCCUCACUUUUUAUCUGUCACAUGCUUGUGUUUCCCAUGGCAAGAUAGAUUGCAACUUGCAGGUAGAAAUUAUUGGUUCUGAUUCAAAUAGAUCAACUGAUGAAUCAAAUUCUCAUAUAAUCCAUAGCUCAAUUCCGUAUUUAACUGGAUCCGCAAUCAUUGACCCCUCUUUACUUGCCCUAAUUUUGAUUUAUCAAGGUAAUUGGUUCGUAGUCUUAACUUUAUUAUCGCGUGAUUAACUAUGUUUCAAUUAAACUUCAGGAAAAAGGAACGUUUCGGUGGAGUCAGGCCUGCAAAUUCGGUGUUGGCUGCUUUUGAGAAAAACUGGAAGAGUCGAUCUUAAGAGAUGUUGCUGGCUUUGAUUCGUAAUGGGGUUUAUUUCAUCAACUGUUUCUUUCAUUUUGCUGAAUGGCAUCCCUUGGAGUUCAGCCGAAUAGCAGAUUAGUUAGGGCUUGAUUGCCUCCUUCCUCUAAUUUAAUAGAGAUACUCGGGUGCAAGCGUGAAAGACAUGGGCUGUUGUGGUUGUUUUGGGUUUUCCUUUGCGAAGAAGCACAAGAACUUGAAGCCAAGGGUACAGGGUGGAAAUCAUGUUUUGCAGGAGUCAUUGUUGAAUGAAGAGGUUGAGGAGGAUGAGGAGGAAGAAGAAGAUAAUAGCUCAUAUAGCGACAACAUGACAGAUACUGAAAGGGGAGAUCAUUCGGAGUUUAGAUACCCUGCCAAGAGCUCUGAAGAGAUUCUUAUGUACAGGACAGAAAAUGGAUUGAUUUGCAGGGAGUUCCCUGUUAAGGAAACCCACAGAGUUGUACGAUCAGAGGAUGAGAAUGGGAGCAAGAUGGUGAAUGAGUAUGUUCGUGAGUAUAAAAUUGGCUCGGGUAGCUAUGGAAAAGUGGUUCUUUACCGAAGCCAGGUUGACGGGAAACAUUAUGCAAUUAAGGCCUUUCACAAGUCUCAUUUAUUAAAGCUACGAGUUGCCCCAUCUGAGACAGCCAUGACUGAUGUUCUUCGUGAGGUCUUGAUCAUGAAAAUGUUAAAUCAUCCCAAUAUAGUGAAUCUUGUUGAGGUGAUUGAUGAUCCUAGCACAGAUCACUUUUACAUGGUACUUGAAUAUAUUGAAGGCAAGUGGGUCUUUGAGGGCGCUGGACCCCCAGGUGGCCUAGGAGAACAUGUUGCAAGGAGAUAUAUGCGUGAUAUAGUUUCUGGAUUGAUGUAUCUCCAUUCUCAUAAUAUUGUUCAUGGAGAUAUUAAACCCGAUAAUCUUCUGGUUACUGGUACUGGCACAGUGAAGAUUUGUGAUUUCAGUGUCAGCCAGGUUUUUGAGGAUGAAAAUGAUGAGCUUCGGCGCUCCCCUGGGACUCCUGUUUUCACUGCUCCCGAGUGUUGUUUAGGUAAAAAUUAUCAUGGCAAAACUGCGGAUACCUGGGCGGUUGGAGUUACCUUAUACUGUAUGAUAAUGGGUCAAUACCCAUUUCUUGGGGACACACUGCAAGAUACAUAUGAUAAGAUUGUUAAUAAUACCUUGUUUCUCCCUGAGGAUAUGAAUCCCCUCCUCAAGGACCUUAUUGAGGGGCUUCUCUGCAAAGAUCCUACAGAGCGGAUGACUCUAGAGGAAGUUGCGGUGCAUACAUGGAUGACGGGAGACGAUGAACCGUUCCCCCAAUUUACGUGCUGGUGCAAACGGAACAAGUUGCAGAGGGAAGGAUCUGAUAUUAUUAUUAUCAGCAAUUCAAUUACAAUCACAAACUAAGGUGGUGUUUGUUUUUAUUUAUUCAUUAUUGUACAGUAAAGAAAAAGGGGCAGAUAAUAAAAAAUAGUAUCUUAUCGAUAUUCACAUGUGAAUUGUUAAAGAAAAGUGGGUAGCGGUUGAUUGAUUGUUAGUAGAGUUGAAUGGUGUUUGAUACAUGUACUCCUCUUUUCCUUUCUGGAUCUGUGUCGGUCCAUCCAUAACCCUAUGAAGCACCAGUCUGCUAACAUUUUCAGAUCAACCAACUAAAUACUCCCCUUUUUUAAACAUUCAGGACAACUAUUUAAUGCUCUAAGCAUCUUCUUGUCUGCCUUCU